CGAGGCGGUUCGUGAGGGGACGGUGUCCAUGGGGAGCGGGCGGUUGUUGUCCCCGGAGGGCAGCCGCAGCCCAGCCCUAAUUUGUCUCCUCCCGCCUCUCUGAGGAGACGCGGUCCGAAAUGGAGCCGUCCCGCUGGCAGAGCGCUGCCCAGGGCGGGAGGGCACCGCGGAAGAAACGCCGCUCGUCCCCGCUACCGGGGGCGGCCGUUCCCCGGGGCAGAGCCGGCAGGCGGGACAGCGUCUCCCCGUCGUGUCGGCGGCUUCUCUUUGGGAGCGCGGGUCCCCGCGGGGCGGAGGCCGGCAGCCUGAAGAGAAAGUCCAGUGUGAAAACCCUACCAAAAAUUAAAGAACAUUUUGAAGUCACUGAAGUGAGCUAUUCAUGUAGCCAAAGCAAUCAGGUGAAUGUCAAAGAAACAACAGACUCUGGAAAAAAAGAAGAGAAAAUAGAAGAAAGCACUGUGCUGCUGAAGGAAUCCCUGAUAAUCAACUCUGAAAGUAAAGAAAGUUUGAAAAAUGCUGAAGUGACUUCAAGUACAGGAAUGACUCUUCCCACAGGUGUUUCAACCUUUCUCCUAGAGUGUUUAGAUGUAGAUUCAACUGCAGAUUAUAAUGCAGGUACUAGUGACAGCCUGAACAGUUGGCCAUCCCCUGAAACAUUCAGAGAUGAUGGCUCAGAAAGAAGUAAUUUUUACUCUGAGGACUCUGGCAAGUACAAGAACUCUACUCUCCUGGACUCCAGCAAAGCAGUGACUAUAGAUAAGAUGCCGCAGAUCUCAAAUCUUUCAGCAAUAUUAGAACCUGUGCGGGAGGAUUUUCGAGACCAAUACACUAGAAGAAAGAGACCAUCAAAUUCCAAUUACAGUUCUUCAGCAUUAAGUGUUUCAACUACUCUGGCAGGAAAAAAAGUCUGUAAAAUUACAGCUGGAAGAGAGAGAACUCCAGACCUAAAAACUGGUAUGCGCUGUUCUUCACCGUUAGGACCGGAAAGAAAGCCUGACAAUCAAACUGCUAAACCCAAAAUGCUGAAGUGUAAGAAAAAAGAAAAAAAUUCUAAUGCAUUAGAAGAAGGUACAUCAUCAUUCAGUCGGCUUGAUGCCCCAGGAAACACUGCAGCCAAAUCAGUGGGAUUGUUGCCAGCAGAAGUACUGCCAUCCAAACAGACAGAUGCUGUAGUGCCUCUGUGUGGCAGACAAGAAAUCUGCUCCAUUGUCAGAACUUCACCAUGCCAGAGGCACUCCAGGCUUCACCAAAUUCCAGUUAACACAGAAGCGUUCUGGCUUCCCAAAGGAGUGCCUGAAGGUAAUAAAAUACAGAAUUGGUUCACUGUGCAGAUGGUAACUGGCUAUCUGAGUGUUUAAAGGUUUGGUUUUUGUUUGUGGGUUUUUUUUUUUAAAGUCUGGCUAUUUGGAAAAAUCACAAGGCUAAAGAGUAAAAGAUGCUGAAAACUUCAAAUUUCUGACUUAACAGUGUUCUUGUGCAACAGUACUUCACUAACAAAGUACGCUAAUGUUGUCUCCUCCAAGGGUCUUUAUCAUAGGAAUUAAUACAAUCUAGCCAUUUCAUAGUCUAGAUCAUUAAGGCCAGAAGGUGCUAAGGGGUAACUCUGGGAAUAUCUGCACCCCUUCGAGUUGCUCCUAAACACAACUUUGAGCUUCACUCAUACUGCUUGUAUGGAGACUCCCUAGAAGAGAUACCAGCUUGUUUAGUAAAUUAUUAUUCUGUGCCUUAUUUCUAGGGUGAAUAUGUCUGACUUCAGCUUUCAGCCAUUGGUGUGUUUUAUAUCUUGCUCAGCUAAACUGAGCUCUUUGGCAUCCAGUAUUUUUUCUCCCUGAAAGUAGUUCAAGUAGUAAUAGGGUAUGUUUUUCUUUAAAGAUUCUCAGUUUCUCUCUAAAGGUUUCUGCUUUUUUCUCCUGAGACCCUUAACAUAGGGGAAGCUCCUUUCCUCACUUCCUAGACUUUCGUUAAACAAAAAUGAGAACUCUGUACAAACCUCAUCGCUCCUGUACAGGUAGAAUCUCCUCCCUUUCUGAUCUCUCUCGAAGUUUCUUAGUCUGCCACUGGAUGGCAUGUGUCUUCCUAAGUUUGAAGUAGUUCUUUACAGACAAUGUCUGCAAGUUUUCUGCAAGUUACAUUUGUCAUUUAUGCUGCAUUAAUGUAAUACAGAGAUACUGCAUAAGCAUAACAGCUUUCAAAAAUACUGAAUAUACACAAAUUUUUAAUGGAAUUGCAGUCUCUUAGGUCCAAAUACUCUCCUACUUUAUUACAGAUUGAGUUACAUAUAGCAUCUAGAAUGCAGGGAAGUGCUUUUAAGUGUGUGUAUGUGUUAAUGGCAAUCAUCUGAUGCUUCUGUACAGAUCGAAGAACAAGGAUGUUAAGUCAUGUGCCCAAGAGAGUUGUGGUAAUACAGAACAUAGGUUGUGCUUGGUAGGGAAGUAGAUCUCAGAAAUCAGCAAGUGUUGUCAGAACAAAAGUUUGGUUUUGUUACUGCUCUUCUAGAGGAGCCUGGGAAUCAGGAAUUAGACUGCCUAAAGGUGGUGGUGGUGUUUUUCUAUGCUGGAUGUUUUCAUCUCUGCUCAAGGAGUCUCUCAGAUGAUGCUCUUUUUCACUAGGAAUGUACAUACACUCAAAACUAUUAUUCUGUUCUCACUGUUGAUCUACAAGAUUGAUUCCUCCAAACAGAUGAUGGCAUAGGUAUCUAUUGAACACCUAAACAGCUCGUCAGAUCAAUGAGCUUUCUCUUACACUUGAGAAUGUGCCACUUUACUGAUAGUGUUUAACUUACCGCUUUUUUCCCCAGAUAUUAUUACGUGUACCAAAAAUUGGAUCUACUGUAAACACAGAUGAGACCUCUGGGUUUCAGCAGAGUCAACAGAAGAAAUAACUGUCUUGCUACUGUGGCAGGGCGGUGAAACAGAACUACUAACCAGUAAUUAACGGCCGUAAUUUUUUGGCACAUAAAUUAUUUGAAAUUUAGUGUAAUGCUUUGCAGUAAGCUUGUAAGUAGUUUACUCCAGUACUUAAUAUUAAAUUGUUUUGUACAAGCAACUAGACCUUAUUCUGGGCGUUGUUCUGGAAGGAUUCCAUAAAGAUGAUUCUUAGUUCGUUUAGGUUUUAAAAAAGUGUGUGACUCAAGAACAGCAGACCAAAUGGCAUUAAUGCAAUUAUUUUUGGCUCUUGCUCUGCCAAGAUUUCUAGAUUUUUGUAGUAGCAUUAGCAUCUAACGAUGUGACCUCUACUUGAGUUAAGAAGUGUUAACACUGUUUAUAAAGGUAACUGCAUCCUGGAAAUGGGUAUGUAAAGCAUUCACGUACUCUCAGGGACUCAGAAGUCAGUAAUACGCUACCAUUAAACUCCCUGAAUGCUUAGGUCUGCAGAACUUUGGAGGUACAGGACUCUGUGGGUUCUGCUGUAACCUGAUUUCUAAACAUGAAUAUAGAUCAUCUUCACCCUACCAUCACUGCAAGCUAGCUUUUUCUGGUCAGCACUGUCACCAUUCUUGGCACAUCCACUGCCCGACCACUGUCAUCUCGGAGUCCUUCCCAUUUCAUCUCAAUUAUUUUGGGAUAUCACCUAUCUUGGUAGUUGUUUCUUUUAGUGGCUUCAGACUUGUGCAGAGGAAGUAGGUGCCUUACAUGAAUACAAGGGUGGAAAAAAAACUUUUACAGCUGAACUGUCUCAAGACCUGGAUAUUGGCAUUAUGGAUUUUGAGGUUACUGCUCACACUAUGUGGCACACGAGUUAAAUUCCCAGUGCUUCCAGUUCAGCUUGUGGAUUGUUAAUCCAUAAGUGUCAUUCUUUGGCAGUGUGCUGAAUGCCUCAGAACACUGACAAGAGCACAGUUUUUCUCCACUUGAAUUCACUGCAAGGUAAAGUAGUUUGGAUCCUUAAAGCAUUCUCACUACAACACUCAUUACUCAGACUCUUCUGUAGACAUAAAGGAAGUUUUUCAAUGUUUUGAGCUGAUAGUGUGGCUUUCCAGUCCUCUUGAAGUCUGAGUUUGUUUCUCAGUAUUAUCACCCAGAACAUUCACGCCCUGGAAGGGAGUUCUGUAUUUCCAAAAAGAGCAUGUCAAGAAGACUUAUGAAGUCCAAAACUUCAAUUAGUUUGACUACAUUUGAAAAUACCUCAGAAAGUUCAGACCCUGAGCCUUUUCCCAUUGCUCUGGGGUAGAAGGAAGUGCAAAUAAAUGCUGCUAGAUUAGUCUAUGAACAAGUAUUGUAUAAACAUACUAUAUGGCUCAAGGUUAAAAAUUAUGCCAUUAAGUUGUUUUUCCUUUAAGCAUUAGGAGAAUGAGUUCUGCCAAAAACUCCUUGGAGUCCUCUCGGGUAUGCUUCUAAUUAUCAAUAUCCUUGUUCUUGCAAAUACUAAGCCACUGGUAAUUAUGCAAGAAUCUAGAGCCCCUAGGAGAUAGAGGUGAGCUUCUUGAGGUAGCUUUAAGCAAAAUUGAAAGUUAUCUAUGUAGUCAGUUGUGAUUAUGAUGAUUGUUCAAGUAAAGGAUGGUCCAGAAUAAGAGAGGUGUUUAUUGUAAGGCUAUUCUAGGAGUCCUAGGAAAAAACACUUACUUUGCCCCAAACCAUUUUGUAGUUUCUAUACAAGAAACAGGCUAAUACUGGCAAACUAACUGGAGAGUACAGGAGGAGAAAAUACAGCGUGUAACUGUGGAGUUGGCUGCAGCAGCCUGAAUAUUGCCGAGUUUUGCUUUUGUUUUUCUUGAUGUGAUGAGGCUAUGCAGGAGGACAGAAAUACCACGAACCACAAUCUCUCUUGUCCUUCAGUUACGAAAGCGCUGCUUCUUAUUUUCCUCUUUUGUCUGACUCUUAGAGAAAGUGUAAUUAAUUACCCGGCUAGCUCUCUGCCCCAGGGAAGGAAAUUUUACUCAUUUUGAGGCCGCAACAAUAUCUACUCUUGUUCUGCUUUUCUCAAAGGGAAGGCAUUUUCCCCUGGUUUGGUUUUAAACUGAAGAAUGACUGCAUAAAAUUUCAUUCAAAGUGGAAACUGGCUCUUCCAUAUUAGUGGAUAAAGGUUAUGGGUCACAGCCAGUUAACGGGUAGUACAGAAGAGCUUAUUUGUGCAGUGAUUCAGGAGAGAAAUCUGUUCAGUGUCAGCUCUGUCACAUCCUAGACAUGAUGAAGUCUUAAUGGCUUGAAUGGAAUCACUUACAGUGAGUCAGUCCAUGCAAGAACUGUGAUAAUACUUUAUCGCUAGGAAUUGUGCAUCGCAGAUGCGUGUUUAGUAAAUGUAUUAUACAUAAAUCUGUUAGAGGUUUUUCAUUUACACUGUUCGGUUAUUUGCGUUAUCUGAAGUGUGGUUCUAGGAGACUUUGACUUAAAGUGCUCGGAGAUGAUGGACGAUGUUUGCUUCUUGCACCGGAGUGCUGUAGGGGUAGGUGUACUAAGAGCUUACAUGCAAGUAGUUCUGUUUUGAUUUAUAAUCUCUAAACACAGAAAGCAGAGGUUUGGGGCCCAAGGCAAUGCGUACUGAAUGGACACACAAGUUGAAAUUCAUGUUCUUUGUGUAGGUAUGAAGAUUUGCCUACAGGGAGGUUUUUACAGGAAAAUGGAUGAUUAAACAUGCAUUUAUCCCCUUUUCUCUUACUGUCCAUCCUCUGCUCCCUCAAUUUAAGGUAUGUCAAUCAAGCCUAUCGGCAUCACUUGCUGUUAAUUUAGGAGUUUUGGAACAGGUUACUAUUUGCUUUUAAAGGGACUCCAUCAGGUUGAAUUGCAAUGCACUUGAGAUUAGCUAAAUCUUCAUUGCCUUAAAUUGUUAAACUAUGGAAAGCCGAGUUGUAUGUCCUGGCCAAAAUUCUAUUAUUUCAUAGUGUUCCCUGAGGACUUUUUGUAUUUGAGACUGUAUUUAUAUGCCCAUCUUGAAGCUAGGAGGCUUUCACAUAGUGAAAGGAUGUAAGGGUCUGUCAUCUGUAAAUCUAUGGCAGGCAGGCGUAUCUAUCUUCCCUACAGAACAAGGGGAAAAAGAUGCAUCUAAACAUCAAUUCCUAUUUUCUAUUAGAAUUAUCUUCAACUUAUAGUAGACGAAGAACAAAGUUCCUACAGAUGGCUGGUUGUGAGGAAUCUUAUAGAUACGUUACACAUGUACUAAAUUACGGCUUUUAAAAGUAAUCUGCUUAAUUUAAUCUUACAUCAUACACUGUUUUAGUUUAAUUCCAGUUUCUAGGGAAAGCAGAUGAGUCAGUUUUGUCAGUCUUUAAUUAAACUUCCUAGUAGUGUUGUAUCUGAACAGUGAGCUGUUGAAAGAGACUGUUAACUGUAACCAGCGUUUCCAUUUCAUUGAAAUAUUUACUAAUAAAGAGUUUUGCAAAAAUCCA